AUGGCCGACUUCAUAACCAACCUCUGGGACGCCGUCUUUACCCCUGGUCCUACUCCUACUCUCUUGCUCGCCACAAACAUCACCUUUGGUGCUCUCCAGCUUGUCCUGGCCGGUCUGCUCGCCGCUACCUACAGCAUCCACUUCUUCAUUCUCAGCAUCCUGUGUGCCGGUCUCUGGUGGGCCAUCAACUGGUUUGCUUAUGAACUGCAGCAAGCUCAGCAGAAAGAAGCCGAGGCCGAGCGCAUCAGAAAGGCCAGAUCCACAGGCAGCACGCCAAAGAAGUCUAGUUCACAACCCGGAGACAUGGCCGAUGACGAAGCCACCGAGACCGAAGUUGAGACUGCCGCUGGUGUCAAGGUCAAAGUGCCAAAUGCCGAACUCGACUUCAAGCCAACCCAGCAAGACGAGCAGAUCAGAUCCAAGAUUCUUAACGAAUUCAAGAGCGGCACGGCUUCGACGACUUCAGCCGGUACGACAGGCUUGCAGCCCUCUGAAGGCGAGAGCAGACAACGCAACAUCCCUAGUGACCUGAGUGCUUCUUCGAACGACUUUGGCACCGAUAGCGAGUGGAUCAAGGUUGAUGAGGAAUGA